UCCAUCGCCUGCCAUGCGCCUGUCCGGGUUUUCCUGGGAACCGUCAGCGAUCGCGGGCCAGCGAUCCUGCUGCAGGGACAGGAUGAGGCGGCGGCUGCUCGGCCCGUUAAUGCUGCUGCUGUGCGGUGUCGCUGUUCUGAAGGCACAGAAUCCGAAUCCGGCCCCGGUGAAGGCUGGAGGGACCGGCGGGUCCCCGGGCCCGGGAGCAGACGGUGUUGCUCCGAAUAAUACGGACAAGGCACAGAAUCCGAAUCCGGCCCCGGUGAAGGCUGGAGGGACCGGCGGGUCCCCGGGCCCGGGAGCAGACGGUGUUGCUCCGAAUAAUACGGACAAGGCACAGAAUCCGAAUCCGGCCCCAGUGAAGGCUGGAGGGACCGGCGGGUCCCCGGGCCCGGGAGAAGCCAAGGGCAGUGAAGCUCAGGCUCAGCCGGAGACGGGGAAGGCCUCAACUCCGGGCCAGCCAGAAGUGGGGAAGGCCACGGCCCCAGGAGGAGCCGAGGCCGGGACUGAUGAGGCCCUGGGAGAAGCAGAGGCCGCAGCAGGACCGGGAGCCGGUGGGGCCUCGGGUGCCGCUGAGGUGGGGCCUGGCGCCACCGGCCCGAGGGUCGGCGUGGACUCAGUGCCCCAGGACGAGCCGGAGAGCAGCCAUUUCUUUGCCUACUUGGUGACCACCGCCAUCAUCGUGGCCGUUCUCUACAUCGCCUACCACAACAAGCGCAAGAUUAUCGCUGUCGUUAUUGAGGGCCGACGGUCAAAAUCCUCUCGACGCCCAAAGACCACCGAAUAUCAGCAACUGGACCAGAAGAUGUGAAGCGGAUCAGUGUGCGACCGAUGGAGAGGCAGCUGCCCCACCGCGGGGGUCAGGAAACCAUCAGCCCCUCGGACUCUGCCACGCCUUGCUUCAAGCAACAGCUGACUUGCUUCACCCAGAAGCAGAACUGAUUCCUCAGGGAAGGGGGGAGGGGGGAAGGGGGGGAAGGAAUGGGGCUGAGACAGCAAGUGGGUUGUGGGGGGUGGUGGCUAAUUAGAUCUCGGGCUUGUAGCCUUCAACUGUGUCGUUACUAAGACCUGCUGGGCCAGGGAGAGUUGGUUGAGCUUUUGGGGAGAGGCAGCAGGGCAGUCAUCAGUUCAGUACUCCCCUGUUGGUCCCUGGUUACAGCCUCGGGCUUCCCCCACUCCAUUACUCUCGCAUGCUUUUUUUUGCACUUAUGAUUAGGAAUGUUUUUGAUUUGUGGCAGUGCGCCAUGUCUCUGUCUUUGGAUGGUUGGCGGGUCCUUCCCUGCAGAUCUGGCACCACCAGUCUCCCUGAAAUAAAAUGUUUCUAAAGAGAAUUAAACAAUGCCUGUGGUCUCCUCA